CGUACACAAACCCAUCUUAUCUCUUUUUUCUUCUUUUCCUUACGUACAUAUUUUUUAAAAAACCUUUUUUUUCUUACCUUUAUAAAAUUCAAAAAAAAUGCCUUAUACUUCAGGAAACGCUGCGGCCGGAGCCAAGCUCUUCAAGACACGUUGCGCACAGUGCCACACUGUUGAUGAGGCCGGUUCCAACAAGGUUGGACCCAAGCUUCAUGGACUUUUCGGUCGUCAGUCAGGGCAGGUCGAGGGUUUCCAGUACACUGAGGCUAACCAGAAGAAGGGUGUUGUUUGGGAUGAGCAGACUCUUUUCGAUUACCUGGAGAACCCCAAGAAGUACAUUCCUGGAACCAAGAUGGCCUUUGCCGGCUUCAAGAAGGAGAAGGAUCGUAACGAUGUUAUCGCUUACCUGAAGGACUCGUGCAAGUAAAAUGUGUCGCUCUUGUUUUGUUUAUGAUAGAUAACACAGAGUAUACUCUUUUUCCCCCAUUGUUUUAAAUAUAUAUC